AUGGCUAACAGGAAUAUGAUAUUGACUCCAUAUCAAGUGUUUAUAUCACCAUGUUUUAUCCUUAUUUUCUGGUCUCUAUUUUUGAUAGUCUUCAAAAGUGAUGGAAGUGGGACUUGGAGAAAAGAUAUAGAUUGGCUUAUUCUUACCAAUGGGGGAAAAUUAAAUCGAACUUGGUUUGUGUUUAAUGAAACGAAUGAAGUAUGUUCAUGUUUAACUGAUUUUAUAAAAUGUAUUUUUCGUGAAAUUAACAUAGACAAAGAUUACUUGUGUACAUAUCCCACUAAUUUUAGUCAUGGUCUAAGAACUUACUGUACUAAAUCAAGUGAUGAGAGGGAUCUCCUAUCAUAUGAAGAAGACCAUAUUGCACUUUUUGUUAUUACUCCGACAAAUAAUUGUCAACAUUAUGGAGGGUCUUCACACAUCUAUUCUACUUUCAAAAUAUUAACACACUCACAAUCAUCGUUAUGCAUUGUCCAUGUCUUUCACCUCACAAACAUAUUAUAG